AUGCUGGUUGCCAAUGCCGCCUUCGUCAAUGGCACCAAGGCCGGCUCCAUGUACAUCAAGCCCGAACAGAACUAUGCUGUCGGUAUCCUUCUGCAAACUCGCGUCGCCUAUCUCAACGGUACUGUUUCCGGCUUCGCAUUGUUCGCAACGCAGCUGGUGUACAACAACAAUACACUCCUCGAAGCGCAAUUCUGGGCCAAGAAGACCAAUACCACGGGUGUUUAUGGGUUGACUUGGACUCUUGACGAUAGCGAGCCGAAUGGAGACUUCCCUGUCGUUGUAAAGGCCUCGGGAGGACUCAUGAAGAAGCCCUGGAGCAGAGCAUUUGAUUAUCCUUGGCGCACUUUCAUAAUCAGCAUCCCCGCGUGCCCUUCCCCAUAUUGUAGUUGA